AUGAAGCUCCUCUACCCUACCUCCUUGGAGCUUGACAUAACAAGUCUUGAGGGAUUCGGCGUCACAUUACACCCCUACGACGUUCACAAGCCCAUUCCUGAGGAUCUCAUCGACGCAGAAAUCCUUGUCACCUGGGCUAACACCAAUCUACGGGAUGCCGCCAAACGGAUGGGCAACCUUCGCUGGAUCCAGUCUCUCUUUGCUGGUCCCAACGACGAGCUCUCAGCUGGCUUCCGGCCCAAUGUCAUCAUGACUGCUGGUACCAAUCUGCACAGCGAGACUGUUGCUGAGCAUGCACUUGCCCUCGUGCUCAAUUCCGCUCGUCGUCUUUACGAGAUGCGAGAUUAUCAAAACCAGGGCAAGUGGCCGGGACACCUCGGUGGGUUUUUACCCGACCGCCCGAAGGGUUCGUUUACUUCAUUGAAGGGUGCCAAUGUUCUCAUCUGGGGUAUGGGGAAUAUUGGUCGCACCCUUGCGCCGCACCUGGCAGCGUUGGGUGCCAACAUCCGGGGCGUUGGGCUCUACGAAGAAAUCAUCGACGGAAUCCAAGUACAGACCAACGCAGCCUUGCCCAACCUGCUCCCACAGACUGAUGCUCUGAUCAUGAUUCUACCGGGAUCCAAGGCGACUUGGCAUUCUCUUAAUGAAGACCGUCUUGCAAUGUUACCUAAACAUGCUUGGGUCAUCAACGUGGGGAGGGGCGUCUGUGUGGACGAAGAGGCCCUCGCUCAUGCCCUUAACAAUGGGAUAAUCGGUGGUGCAGCUCUGGAUGUCUUUCACAAAGAGCCACUUCCCAGUUCCUCACCUCUCUGGAAGGCACCAAAUCUGAUUAUAUCGCCACAUGCUGCUGGGGGCAGACCGCGCUACUCGGAGGUGCUUAUUGCGGAAAACCUGCGACGCUUCCUUGCAGGACAACCACUCAAAUAUGAUGUAACUUCCGGGGGAAUGUACACCACCACAGCGCCAGGGGAGAAGCCAACCCUCAAGGCCGCGCUGUAG